UCAAUUGAGUUUGCCAGCCGUUCUUGAACAUACCGAAAAGACUAGACACGUCGUUGAGAUCGAGCACUAUCCGCAUCCAUCGAAUAUAUAUCUGCGGAUGCGAUUGUCCGAUAUCGACUCCUUAACCUGGGAACAGUAAGCAAGAACACUUCACACAAUUCAUUCACACCCGCAAAGUCGUCAUGGUGCGCAAUAAACACAUAUCUGACGAAGGUACCUCGAAUUCUCGUAGAGAAUCGUCGUAUCGAGGUCGUGGCCGAGGCCGUGGACGGGGGAGGUACUCUAAGAACUACCGGGGCAACUACCACAAUAGCAGCGACCAGUCGGAUUACCCCCAGCAGCAUUACAAGUCAAAAAAUUACGCGGAUAACAGAUCGUACCCGGAAGACGAGGAUCAAUACGAGGAACAAAUAACUGCCAGAGGUGAAAGCAUGGAAGACCUCUACGACGAUAGACCUAACCAAGACAACAUGGAAGGCGUCAACGAGGGUCGCUCUCUGCAGGAUCGCAUUUCCAUGCCCAAGAACGACCACUAUUCUGGUCACGAGGGUGCAGAUGAUCAUGCAAUGGAUGAUGCGUCGAGGUAUGAGAACACUGUUGAGAGCGAGUACCGCACCGGACAACUGCCGCCGGCUCGCGAUGAUGGUACUGGAGGCGCCAACAAGGAAUCCGGCGCCUCGAAGAAAGAAGCAAACCCUGAGGAAUUGAGGCAGAAAGUUCUGGAAUCGUUGGCAGAGAAGAAAAAGAAAGCAGCAGAGUUCAUGAACAUGGAGAAGGAAGGAGCAUCCAUACACAAGGACCAGCCUACUGUCAACAAGGCCACUGGCAGCAAUUCCGGUGAGGGCAACGGAGAACCGAUCAAUCCCGAGAGAGACGCUGCUGUUGAUGCACUCUUGGCCACUUUCGGACCGGGCAAGGACAAGAACGGUGCAGGAGAAACCGCCAGCAGGAAGAAUUCCGGCACAGAUGCUGCACCGAUUCACAUCUCAGACACAGCGGAUGCCCAACAGUCGAAGCAUGAACAAUACAAAUUGGAUGAGCCUAGGCCGUCUUCUCGUGGCGAUAAAAAACAGGGAUCUAGACGGGCCUCGGACUAUGGCCACAAAUACGAUGACCAUGACAGACACAGAGACAGUCGAGAGACUCAUGGCAGAUCCAGAGAUCCGUCACUUUCAUCCGGCAGACACGACCAACGUGGAGAGGGUCGAAAGCCGUUUGGGUACGACGAUGAUGAGAGAAGGGGUGGCGGUGGCGGUGGCGGUGGCGGUGGCGGAGGAAGACACGACCCGCGCUACCGCUACGAUCGUGACAGAUUUGAGGACGCAAAUUACUCAAAGGAAACCAAAGGUCCAGGCAGUUCGAGCGGCCGUAAAGCUGUGAUUGAUCGCUAUCAACCCGUCACCGACGAUCGCAGGGACCCAAGAGAUCCGCGAAAUAUCAGAGACCCCGCAGGCACCCGCGAAAUGGUACCCUUCAGGGGCCCCGAGGGUUCUAGAGUCGAUCACUCCAAGGGUGCUUACGGUGCAAUGAAGCCUCCACGGUAUCCAACUGAUCCGAAUGUGCAAGAUGUUGAGUACAACGGCAUAGGCCGGGAGUAUCCUCCUGUCUAUCCAAGUGCUGCUCCGCGUUAUCCCCCACGCGAUGACCCCCGGUACGCACCAACGGCGGUGCCUCGCCCUGCCGAGACGGAUUAUGCGGUCAUGUACUACAGAGACCUUACUGAAUGGCUUGAAAUCACUGGUUACCACGAUUACGCUUAUCGGCAAAUGCACCUUCAGCGCAAUCGCGAAGCGCGUGCGCUUGAGGAAAGCCGUUACGCUUUGGAACCUGGAUAUCCCCCUCGAAUCGGUAGGGUUGAGGAAUCAGGACUACGAAGCUCUAUGUACGCUAUGCCUCCUCCCCCGCUCACACCCGGCACCUGGGAUGACAGAGAGGCUGCCGCCAAACGAGGUCUUCCUGCAAUUCCUCCUAUCCGAUCGGGUUACCCACCAAUGCCUGAUGAUCGGGGAAGCUACCGUGGAGACGAAUUGCUCUCCGGAGGAAAACCAGGUGUGCUUAAGAGGCGCCCUAGAGAAGAAGAAUUUGGAGAGCCACCGCAUUCUGCCAAAUCAGCGCGUCACAAUUACGAAAGCUCUCACCGAUACGGGGCAGAUGGUGGUUCCAGACAAGGAGAUGAUGCUGGUGACGAAACCGAAGCAGUGCGUCAAGUUCUGUCUCGAAGGAUCGCCUCUGCUCGCGAUCGAGAUGCAUCUCCCAGCGCUGCCGAUCGAGCUCGGAGGCGUAGCAUGAGUCCCCGGGGAGCUUCAUAUGACGACCACCAGAGGGACUUCUUCAAAGGCAAUAGAAGUCCUAAUCCAUCUCCGAGGUUUGAGCAUGGAAGGGGCCGGGCUACUCCAAAAUACACGCCCCGGGAUGAUUUCAAAAAGCCAUUCCGUCCGAGGCGCGAUUCGCUAGGCGAGUCGUCGGCCCCCUUUGAGAGAAAACCGUAUGGCCGUGGCAGGGGAAGGGGCAUGUACAAGGACCACAUGCAGUACGAUAGGAAUGAACACCACUUUUACGACAGGAGAAACAACCAGAACAUGGGAGAGCUUAUGGAGAUAGACAGACCUUCCGGAUUCCCAGGUGAAUCAACGAGGAACUCGGAAAUUAGAUACUUCAUGAUCAAGAGCUUCAAUCAGGAUAACGUCAAGAUGGCUCAGCAAGAUAACAUCUGGGCCACUCAACAGAAGAAUGCCGAAGUUCUUGAACAAGCCUUCAAGGAAUCCCGUGAUGUCCUUCUAUUCUUCUCCAUCAACAAGAGCGGGAAAUUCCAGGGCUACGCACGUAUGGAAGGACUGCCUGGAUCGGCACCUGUUCCUAUGUGGGCUAAGAACCUGCUUUGGGAAUCAUCUGGACCGUUCCGCAUCAAAUGGAUAUCCAUCACUGACAUCAGCUUCCAUCGUGUGGCCCAUCUCAAGAACCGUCUCAACGAGAAUCAACCCGUGUUGAUUGGACGUGAUGGUCAGGAGAUCGAUCCGGACUGUGGAGCCGCUUUGUGCAAGACCAUUGAUGAGGCGUCAGCAUUCAGGAAGCUCCACGGGGGCAACAAUCAUAAAAACAACGACGAAUAAUUUCAGGAGAACAAGGAGCAAGCUCAACGUCACGCUGCAUGAAAUUACUCCACGUCACUUUUAAAUGUCAACAAGUUGUUGCAACAGAAGGGAAAUACAUUCGGAAGGUAUAACUUCGAACUUGUAAGAUCAUGGUUUUAGGGACUCUUUACCCUCCCAAUCGAUAUGGCGGAAAUCGAUCGUUUUUGCAGGAGGUUUUAUGCCCGGCAUCUACUCAAUUUACCG